UUCUGGCCCAGCAAUUCUUAAAUCCCUGAGAUCACAAAACCCUCUGUCGAUUACACACAACGCCACGGCCAAGCCGGAAUCUUCACUUUCCUGAAAUUUUCCGCUAAACCGAAACAACCAUGUCGGGAUGGUGGCGCACCCUGAGAACGAUGGCCCAUAGUCACAACUCACCGUUUUCACAAUGUACUUCAUCUUAUCACACGAUUCAAGCGAUCCCCAGAGAGUUUACCGGUAGCCGUGUCGCGUCAAGGGACCGGGUCCAGGGUCGAAUCCCGGCAGUUGUUUUUGCACAGAACUUGCUCGAAAAAAGUCCUGAAAGGAGAUCGCUUUCUAGGAAACAACUCUUAACCACUGAAAGAAAACAAAUUCACUUCAUUCUCAAGUCCGUGGAACUCCCCUUCUUUUACUCUACCACUUUCCCGCUCCAGAUCCGAGCGGGGUCCGGGUCAUCAGUUUUGCUUGAUUCCGGAAAAGUACUGCCCAUUAAGGUUCAUAAGAAUGAAGAGACUGGGCAUAUAUUGAAUUUGGUGUUUGUGUGGGCUGAUGAUGGGACCGAGUUGAAGGUUGAUGUGCCAGUUGUUUUCAAAGGAGAAGAAAGCUGUCCUGGUCUCAAGAAAGGUGGUUCCCUUAACAGGAUAAGAACUAGUCUGAAGUAUCUUUGCCCAGCUGAGCUCAUUCCUCCAAAAAUUGAGGUGGAUGUCAGCAAUCUUGAUAUUGGGGAUAAAAUCUUCAUGCAUGACGUAGAGGUACAUCCAUCCUUGAAACUUUUAAGCAAGAAUGAGAACAUGCCUAUAUGUAAGAUUGUGGCAACAAAUUUGGGAAACCCAGAACCUGCAGUGAUGUAGGCACCGAAGGAUAGAUAGUAUUUGUGGAUUUUGACAAGUAUUACUCAUGCAAUUUGAAAAAUAAGCCUGUUGCUUUCGCUGGGCUUUAGGUUAUGCUGUAUUCCUGAGAUGAUUAGAAACCAAUUAUUAGACUGUAUUCCUGAAAUGACUGAAAGUAUUGCAUGCUAUAUUUGUACCUGUAGAUUCUUUACAGUUUAGUUACACAGUUACAACAAUAGUUGGUGACUGAUGAAAUUUUGUAGUAUUCCAGCUAAGUGCUGGUUUCUUUC